AUGGAAAUGAAACAAGUACUACUAUUAUCGGUCCUGGUUAUGCUAUGCUCAGUGGCUCUAUGUAGGCCACAAUACAAAGGUGUAUCAGAAGAUGAUUUCGACUACCGCAUGUUCGAAGACGAUACAGCUGGAGUAGUCAUCGAUCGUGUGAUCGAACCAAGACAUAAGCAUGCCUCUCAUCACCACCAUCAUCACAGCCAUCACAAAGGAGAUAAGCACUACCUUAAAACGAAUCGAGUGCAAAGAUUCAAGAAAUUCUUCGAAGACUUCCGGCUGUGA